AUUUUGCAGAUGAAAAUGGAUGGUGAAGAAAAAGUGCAAGCGGAAGCAGUGAUUUUGUCGAUACUAUCAGUGAAUCAAAACGGCUUGCCGAUUGAGGAGAUCAUGCAAAAAACUGGUGAUAUGGGACCAAAAGUUCGCGAAAAUGCGGUGAAUAGCCUUCUUUCAUCAGGCAAGAUCGAGAUGCUCCAAGGUCGUUCGGUUGGUUCGUUCUCAUUGAGAUUGCGAAGAGGAACUCAGUUAACUGAUGCGACAGCUGAAGAACAGCUGGUUAGCCUCGAAUCGAAACGAAAAGGUAUUUGGAUACGUGACAUACGCGACAAAACAGGACUAUCGAUGCAAUUUUUAAGAAAAAUUUUAAAAGGUCUUGAACAAAGAAAACUUGUAAGGGCGAUAAAAUCGGUCGGUAAUACGAAAAAAUGCUAUAUUUUACAUUCAGUAGAUCCAGAUGAUUCGCUUACUGGUGGAACAUUUUAUUCUGAUCAACAAUUAGAUUCUCAAUUCGUCGACACUCUUGUUGAAAUUUGCAUUAGUAUGAUAGAAAAUAAAAGGAAAUCGGCCGAAAAUACGAAAGAUAUUCUUUUAUGUCGUGAAUUAUCGUUUGUGACUUCAGCAGAAGUCGCACAGUUCAUUAGUGAGAAAAAAAUCAGCAAAGUACAUUUAAGCGUGGCCAAUUGUGAAAGGAUUUUGUCCAUCGCUGUUUUGGAUGGAUUACUUGAGCAACGAGCAGAUGGCUCCUAUCGCGCACUUGAUCAGGCUACAAGAGUUUGUGCAAUCGCGCAUGUGCCCUGUGUCCAUUGUUCAGUUUAUAACGAUUGUAAAGCGGGUUACGCUGUUUCACCGGAAAAUUGCGAACUUUUAGCAGAUUGGUUGGAAAUGUUUUAA